AACCAAUCCAAACAAUCCGCAGCAAUGGGAAAGCGAAAGUCGAAGAGAAAGGCUCCAACCAAGGCAAAGGCUGUAAUGCCACUCGACACCCAAUUCAACUGUCCGUUUUGCAAUCAUGAACGCGUUUGUGAAGUGAAAAUGGAUCGCGAAAAGAAUGUCGGUUAUAUCUCGUGUCGUGUCUGCUCUGAAGACUUCCAAACAAACAUCAACUACCUCUCCGAGCCAAUCGACGUCUAUUCUGAUUGGGUGGAUGCCUGUGAGCAGGCAAAUAACGCCUGAAUAUUCCCCAUCCGUCAAUCUUAAAUUCUUAUACGACCUCCUUAUAAGCCUCCAAAAUCCCCAUCGCGUUGAUCUCUUUGCUUUUCUCAGUAAUUCUAUUUCCUUCUAUCCCCAAUUCAUCCACACACUUUCUGGAUCAUCAUUGCAGCACGCCUCGAAAACCGGUCCUUCAAUUCUCACGAGAAUGGUAUCCUCGAGCUCGUUUUUGUGUGUAAAUAACCAAAUCAGCACAUCACCAUUUUUUGUACAAUACUUUAUUUUUCAUCAUUUUGUUUCAAAUUUCUUUGGCUCAAAGCUAUAUAAAAAGUUGAACUUAAA